AACCUCUUAUGUACCCAGGAUGGGCGGGUACUCUUGAUGCCAGAGAUUAUAGAUCCAUAUGCCCUCAAUGGGACAAUCAAGGUCGAAUGAAAGGAGCGGAGGAUUGUCUUUUCAUUAACGUUUUCACGCCAGGAUUACCCACAACGGGAGCAUAUUCACCAGUCACUUAUCCAGUCAUGAUCUUUAUCCAUGGAGGGAAUUUCGAGGAAGGAUCGGCCAACAUAUACGGUCCAGAAAAGCUUAUGGACAAAGGAGUUAUUCUUGUCACUUUCAAUUACAGAUUAGGACUAUUCGGAUUCCUGAGUUCCGGAGAUGGUGCAUGUCCAGGCAAUAUGGGUCUAAAAGACCAGGUACUGGCGAUACGAUGGGUUCGAGAAAACAUCGACCGCUUUGGUGGUGAUCCGAAUGCUAUCACGCUUUUUGGACAAGGGGCUGGAGCAGCCAGUGUCUUUCUCCACAUUCUGUCACCACAAAGCCAAGGGCUCUUCAAUCGUGCCAUUAUGCAGAGUGGUUCUGCUCUUUGCGACUGGGCCUUGGAAGGAGACUCUUAUGGCUAUGCAAGAGAGGUGGCACAGCGACUGAAUUGUCCAAUUGAUUCAUCCACAGCUAUAGUUGACUGCAUACGACAGAAGCCUAUUCUAGAUCUACUCAAAGCUCAAAAGGAUAUUAAGAUAUUUGGAGAUUACCCACUUCGAUCUGUUCCUGUAGUAGAAAAAUCGGGAGAAAAUAAAUUUUUGCCAGAUCUGCCUAUUAAUUUAUUAAAUGAAGGCAACUUUCGCAGAAUUCCUUUAAUGGCUGGUGUCAACAAAGAUGAAGGAGCUUUCUUCUAUCCUCUGCUUUUCAACACCUACAGAGAUGCCCUACGAGAUAAUCCGAACUUUCUGCGCACCCACCUCAUUCCCAUGUUCAUCCUAACUACAACGAACAUCCGUGGCAAUGUGGAUUCUGUCUCCGAAACCAUUGUCUUUGAAUAUUUCAACCGCAUCAAUCACUCCAACGUCUCACAAGUCUUACAGCCAUUCAUCAACAUGUCCACAGAUGCCAUGUUUGUCGCCUGCAAUGACAUCACAGUGCAUUCCUAUGCUGCCACUGGGGCUCAGGUUUAUAUGUAUACUUUCGAAUACAGAGGGGAAAACAGUAUGGUUGAAAUUCAAUAUGGCACUCCCAUUGCGUAUUUUGAUCCAGGCGUGUCGCACGGAGACGAGCUUCUAUACCUCUUCAGCCUGGAUGUGGAAGGUCUUCGCACUCCUUCCUUACUUGAUAACCUAGUCAGUGGCCGGGUGGUAUCUCUUUGGACAGAUUUCGCAAAAUUUGGGGAAGCUCCACAGUAUAUUAACUACGAAUACCCUCGUUGGGAGCCCUACAAACCAGAAACUCAAGCCUAUUACAGAAUAGAAAGAGAUUUACGACCAGAGGCAUUCUAUAAGCAGAGAGCUGUAGACAUGUGGACAAGACAUCUUCCCGCUUUAGCUGGUAUGACAUCACCUACGAAUAGCCCACUUAUACAAGACAAAAGAACAGAAAGUCUUUACAGAACCUUAGCUUGGGCUAUGGUUUCUGUAUCUAUUGCCUUAUUGGUGGUUGUAGUUGUAUUACUUGUGGUCCUCUACAAUCAAAAGAAGAGUCAAAGUUUCAAAGCUAAUACGGAAAAUCAGUCAAGAUUAUCAGGUUCUACACUUUACUAGAAGAAAAUCGAAGACACAAGGCAGGAUUGGUGUUCUCCCUCUUUAUACGUACUGAAAUGAAUGAACUGAAGUAAAUAAACGUCCAAUAACUGCCCAUGCCUCAGUACUCACUUGGACCUUACUUAAAUAUUAAAAUUCAAUCAUAAGACAUUUUAUCUUGUCUAAAGCUGUUCAUAUAUGUAGAAUGGAAAUAAUAGAUUGUUAAAACAUCAUCUUAGAUCAUUGUAAAAACGAUUUAUACUGUUUUAGAAAAUAAAAUAUAAUGCAAAUGGC